AUGUGUGGAGUAAAAUUUGAAAAUCCAUUUGGCCUAGCGUCAGCUCCUCCGACAACAUCAGGGCCAAUGUGUCGCCGUGCAUUCGAACAAGGCUGGGGCUUUAUACUGACGAAAACAUACGGUCUGGACAAGGAUCUCGUCACUAAUGUUUCACCUCGAAUUGUGCGAGGAUCAACUAGCGGACCUAUUUACGGUCCUAAUCAGGGAUCUUUCUUGAAUAUAGAACUGAUUUCGGAAAAAUCAGCUGCCUACUGGCUGCAGUGUAUCCGUGAACUCAAGCGUGAUUUCCCUACGAAAAUCAUUGUCGCCUCUAUCAUGUGCACAUUUAAUCAGGAAGAUUGGGUCUUGCUAGCUCAGCAAAGCGAGGAAGCGGGCGCCGACAUUCUUGAGCUGAACCUUUCAUGCCCUCACGGAAUGGGAGAAAAAGGAAUGGGUCUCGCUUGUGGACAGGAUCCGGAUAUAAUACCAUUCUUCCCUAAGAUGACCCCUAAUAUCACGGAUAUACGUGCCAUAGCUCGAGCCGCCAAGGAGGGAGAGCAUAUGGAGUGA